CGCUUUCGUCCAUCCCGUGGUCUGUCGCCCCGCAUCAUCCGAAGCGCAACUGCCGCCGCCGAAGCCUACCUCCUCGCGCCGCGCCACCUUCCGCCGCCAACUCGUCAUCGCGUGCCGGCACCAGAGGUUUCCUGGAGGAGAUCAAGAGUGAAGGUACAGACGCUCCCGUGUCGCUCGCACAACCCUAGAUGUCCGUGGUGCGAGGGGCGGCGGUGGAGGGAGCGUGGUCCCUUCCGGCGCCGAUGGAGCCGACCGCCGCCGCGGACGGGCCUCAGGUGUCGGAGGUGGACUCGUUCCGGCGCCAGGUCGAUGACCUCCUCUCCAAGACCGACGUGCUGGAGAAGAGGGUGAACGAGGUGGUAGGGUUCUACAAUAACAAGAAGCACAGCAGUGGAGGGCGCAAGGCUGGCGGCAGGUACGCGGCAAACGGUGCCAGGGACAGCCACGGCAAUGGGAUGCCCGACCUCAUGCGCCAGUUUGCUGGUAUCAUUCGCCAGAUUACAUCUCAUGAAUGGGCACAGCCGUUUUUGCAACCGGUAGAUGUCGUAGGUCUUCAACUUGAUGACUAUCACCAGAUUAUAACAAAACCUAUGGAUUUCUCGACCAUCCGAAACAAAAUGGAAGGGAAGGAAAGUACCACAUAUAACAGUGUCCGAGAAAUAUAUUCUGAUGUUAGAUUAGUUUUUACCAAUGCAAUGAAGUACAAUGCUGUAGGUCACCCUGUUCACAUAAUGGCCAAGUUCCUACUCGAGAGAUUUGAGGAGAAAUGGCUUCACCUUCUCCCUAAAGUUGAGAACGAGGAAAGGGAACAUGAGGAACCAAAUGAUGCUCCAACCAAAAACAUUUCUCCAGAAGCUGCCAUUGCAAAAUUAGCUGAAGAUACUGGUAAUGAGCUGAAUGAGAUUAACAAGCAGCUGCAGGAGCUCCAGAAAAUGGUGGUUCAGAGAUGCAGGAAAAUGACCACGGACGAGAAGAGAAAACUCGGCGCAGGUCUUUGCCAAUUGUCUCCAGAAGAUCUCAACAAGGCGCUAGAGUUGGUCGCGCAAGACAAUCCUAGCUUCCAAACUACAGCAGAAGAAGUGGACCUUGACAUGGAUGCUCAGAGCGAGACGACCCUCUGGAGGCUGAAGUUCUUUGUGAGGGAAGCAUUGGAACAACAGGCGAAUGAAAACACGAAGAGGAAGAACGACAUGUACAAUGCUCUAGCCAAGACCGAUUCGAAACGGAUCAAGAGAUAACUUUAGCGGCUCGGCCUUUCUGAUGGUUCAUGGUAUUUCUGUAGUCUGUAGAAUAGGGCCAUGUUCUCCCUUGUGUGAAGACAUGUUGUAUAUAUAUACGAAGAUGAAUCUGCACUAAGAUAUGCUUGGUCGCACCCGGUCUCCUGUGGCAUGUGUAGCAUGCUAUUGGUAGCUAUAUACGUAAAAUAAAGAGCAAUGUUGAACUCC